AUGGCAUCCCCUUUCGACGAAAAGCAGCCUGCACCUCUCGAAGAAACCAGUGCCAAUGUCCCUCAGACAGAGAAUGAUAUCAAAACUCACCCACAGCCCACCUCUGACCCCCUAGAUCCGUUGAACUGGUCCUGGGUGCGAAAGCAUUCUAUCCUGGGAAUUGUGAUGCUCAAAUACUUUCUCUUCACCUACAUCACUACCACCACCGUCCCCUCUUUCCCCGCCAUUCAAGCCCAAUUCGACAUCUCCUACGACCAGGUCAACUGGACUGUAGCCAUACCCGCUCUGGGCCUAUCUGUUGGCCCGCUCCUCUGGUCCUCGCUGGCCGAUAUCUACGGCCGACGCAUCAUCUUCAUAAUUGGCACGGUCGUCUCCCUCGUCUCGAGUAUCGGCGCUGCAGUCGCUGAUAAGUAUGCCGGGUACAUGGCGGCGAGGUUCUUCCAGGGGUUGGGAGUGAGUCCGGGAGCGACGGUGGGCAUGGCUGUGGUGAACGACCUGUUCUUCGACUAUGAGCGGGGCCAGAAACUAGGGCUUUGGGUUCUUGCUAUUGAUUCCGGACUGUUGCUAGGCCCUACCUUCGGCGGAUUUCUCAACCUCGUCAGUGCCGCGUGGAUCAAUUGGUUUACAGCCAUUUUAUUCGCGCUGCUCCUCAUCCUCGAGCUUCUUUUCAUGCCAGAGACACUCUACCCUCGCAGUCUCAUGCUCACACACCCUCCUUCUUCAUCUGAUUCUACAUUCCAAUCCCUCGAAGAGAACAAGCAACCCCCCUUCUCUUCAUCUACAUCUACAACGCUCCCAAUAGCAACGAACACCACCACCACCACAGCAAAACCCAUCCCCCGAACCCGAACCCUCCCCAUCCUCAACAUCCGCCCCAUCCCCGGCCUCAACCACCCCCGCCCCUGGUCCGCAACCCACCGCUUCCUGCUCACCUUCCGCCUCCCCGUCAUCGUCCUCGCUGUGGUCGGCUACUCCUUCACCUGGUACUGGUGGAUCCUCUCUAUCAUCACUAUGAUGCCAGCCGCCUACGAGUCCCAUCCCCCAGUAAUCCAGGGCCUGCUCUUCCUGGGCCUGUUGCUGGGGACGGUGAUCAGCGAGGCGUUCCUUUCCGGCCGGCUAAGCGAUCGGCUCAUGCGUGUGUUGAGUGCACGGAACGGCGGCAUCCGCGUGCCUGAAAUGAGGCUGUGGAUGGCAUAUCCGGCGGUCGUGGUGAGCGGUGUCGGGUUGAUUGUUUGGGGGCGUGGUGGUAUUCUACGCUGUGGUAUUGAAUCUCAGCGCGUUUGUGAACCCGUUCUUCAUAUCCCCCUGGUAUUCAUCCACCAGGUGGAUCUGGACUUUCACCACACAGGCCCUGAUCACGGUGUGUGCAGGGACGGGGGUGUUUGCGUGUCUACAUUGCUUUGGGGGAUGGAUGCGCGGGAGGACAAGGAUGCCGGGGUGGGUGAAUGCGGAGUUUGA